AUGGAGCAGGCGACUGAAUGCUUCAUCUGCCAGGAGCCCUUUGAUACAGGCUCACAGCCUGAGACAAGAGUAAUUCUGGGCAAGUGCGGACAUCAAUUCGGGUCUGUCUGUCUUGCAAAAUGGCUCCACGUCCCUGGUCGGGAGCAUGGCUGCCCCAUAUGUCGCGAGCAGCUAUUCAAGGCUCGUAGUCCUCCAACCCCGCCACAGUUGGAGGUACCGUUGGAGGAAACGUUGGGGGAUAUACAGCCCCCGCUGAUGUACUUUGAAGGCAAUCACUUCGCUACGCCUCAAGGACAUGCCCUCCGACAAUCGCGGGCAGCCCGAAUUGCAGAGCUGGAACGCGAACACGCCGAGCUUCGUGUUUUGGCACCCGAAGACUUCGCCUCGGACGAUGAUUCCGAUAUUCCGGACCUGGUUUCAAUCGCGCCUUCCACUACCGGGGCAGAUGACGGAAGUGCAGCCGACCUUGCAGAAGACCGCCAACCCCAGCAACCACUUGCAGAUGCGGUGAACACACUAGUAGACCAGAUGCAAGUAGCUGAGGGGAGUUCGAGUCAAACACGACCGGGGGUAGAUGGCUUCAACGAGGGCGGUUCGGGCACCACAACCACCACGCCUACCACAUCUCGACCACAAGCUGGGUUGGUGCAACGCCUUCGUGAGACGCAGCAACGUCGUCAGGCAGGAAUUGCUUCUGCAGUGCCUCCACCACUCCCCCUGAAUCCCUCUGCCACCAGCUUUGAGCCCUCGGCUCCCUCUCCUCACGGUCGGCAGCGCCAGACCCCUGAUCUCGAUAUGUAUCGCUUGUCGGAAGAAUCAUCUCGGCGUCUCGAUGACACCCUUCGACACCCACCACACCGCCCGCAAUGGUUUUUUGUUCGGCUUGGUGGGUUGGGCGAGAGUCUCCCCGGUGGUCAUCCUGCUGCGCCCCAUUCUAUGGAGUACCCGCAUGAGAGGGCGCGCAAACACGUCAUGGCAUCGAGGCUGUACAACACUCGCAACAAACUCUUCAAGCCGACGGAUAUCAACCGCAACAGCAUCGACAUGCUCAGCACACAUCUUGGCAUUACCCGUGCAGGAGUUGAAGAGUAUUUGAGACUCAAUGUACAGGAGAGACUGGAUCGAUGGCGGACAUUUUCUACCGAACAUUUCCCCCAGUCUCCCACCCCCGGUAAUCCAACACAUAUACCCGGACUUAGUACAAUACCACGUCACAUCCCACGUCGCGAGCGACCGUACGUAGAAGUCCACCGAGAUCUGUCCGAAACAGAGCGCUCCCAGCAGGACGCCGUCAGACGCCUAGACAUCGCAAGAUAUGGACUACGACAACUUAUCUACCCACCGCGACGCGGCGACGGAACUCGAGACAUGCUAGGACAAGAUGUUGUCAUGAAGGCAAUCACGCUCUCUCAAGAUCUGAGGGAACUCAGGGAUACCAUUCAGCCAUCGACGCAGACCCAAUAUGGGACUGACAAUGAGUAUCCACGUAUGACGCGACAUUGGUUUGAAGAGCAGCAGAGGAGGGAGCGAACUCGUGCACGGCAGGGAGGAGAGACGUCAAGAGCACAAACGAAUGGCCGUACAAGACGGGGGGCGGUUUCCAAUCCGGUGAACUUGACACUAAAUUCGUCCUCAGGAGGCAUUAAUCAGACAACAAAUGGCUCUUCACAGGCGGCAACACCAAUAUUCACGAGGCCGACUAACACCCUUUUCCCUCCUCGCCAAGGAGGAGAUGGCUCUUCGCCAGCAGCGAUACCAGGAUCGGCGGCAACAGCUGGGGCUUUUUUCCCUACACUCACAAGCCAUGGAGGCGUGGAGUCAGAAGGAUGGCCAGGGUCUAGAUUACGACGAACUCCUCCACCUGAGCUGGAUCGGAUAAGUACAGAGCCAAAUUGGACUUCAGCCCGUUUGAGAUCCUCAAGAGAGAUCCCUCCAAUGCAGGCGGAUCAGACAGCCGUGGAGAUGACAACGCCUGAGGAUCGUCUACGGGAACUUAAUGCGAUCACAGAGUCUUGGAACCGACCAGUUCCCAUUCCCGGAAGAGAGGCGGAUCUGAUAAUGCCCGAGGCGUCGUUCUUGAGCGAUAUGUAUCCACCUACGCGGCAUUAUACCCCGUUCCAAGGACCUAGCGUUCAUAACGCCUCAGAUAUGCGGGCAUCUGGUGGAGGAAUUGAUUUCAAAACGGCUUGCUUGCGAUGCGGCCAUACCUUCGGCUCCGUUUGCAUCGCUCGCUGGCUCCAUGUUCCAAAUCGCCGUAAUGGGUGUCCUAUGUGCCGCAAUAGGUUCUUCAAACAGACACCGCGAACAGACCGACUUGACAACGUGGCCCGCGAGAUCGAAAGAAUAGAAGAGCCGCUCCGGAUGAUAGAGCAAAGAGGAGCGCAAGCGCAAACUGAUGCCAUGCAUCGCGCGGCAAUGCGCAUGUACGAGGCAGAGAGAGAUGAAUUGAGAGCUCGCACUCUUCAAGCAGGCCCAGAUCCCGAUAUUGAGUAUGCAUCGCACCGUGGGCAUCGUGAAUUUGAUACUGAUAUUCUUAGUGAGGGGACCGAUGGAGCAGGGCAAUUUCGGAGACGACGUGGCGCGAUCGCCGGAUUUGAACACUUCCGGGGAGUGGAACAAGCAAUGCCAUCACGUGGACUGGGAACACAAAGCACUUCGCCGGCUUACGAGGAGCUACUAGGCAGAGCAUAUCCUACUUUGCGUGCGGGCGGUCAACGCAACGCUACGAUGGAGGAGGGGGUGGACCAGAAAUGCAAGCCACUUCGCGGGCUUACGCGGACCUACUAA